AUGCAAGUCCACGCCCACUCCGCCACCUCGCCUGGUCUCCAACGGGCUCUAAAAUCCGCCUUGCCCUACAGCAUCAACUUGGUAUAUCGCACGCAACAUCCCAACCGGACAGCCCACGCGCACAUACUCGCUACGUUCCCCGAAUCAACGUCGCCAGAAGCAACAGUACCGGAAUGCUGGGCAGCAGCUUACCUGGACCGGUCUAUGCGACCAGAAACCGAGCUAUGGAUCUUUAGCACCCUUGAGCUACCUCACCAUCAACCUUCAACCACUUCUUCUUCAACCGGAGAUGGUGGUGGGAAGUACUGCGGAGAGUGCAAAAAAGCCGUGUUGGCUUUGGUGGAUUACAUGUCUACAUUGCCUACACCUCUAAUGCGUCCCGACAAUCUUCCCGCGAUGGACCUUGCGAAGCAGCAUGAACGAGAACAUCCAACCCCGCCACCUUCAGGCGCUUAUGAAUCUGCGCCAGGGACGUAUAUGCGCCAUCUGCUUCUCCCCAAAGCCAUCACCGUAGGAGCAUGCCAGCGUGAUGUGCUUCAGAUUCUGCACGAAGCAGGCGUUGUACGUACGGAGCUGCCAGGUCCAGAUGCUGAGCUCAACAAGUUUUUGUUCAAGCAUUCCGAUCUACCAGAAACUCGAGAGCUACCUGCUAGGUUGCGAUGGGGUGAGAUACGCGAACAGGAUAUUGGAACAGUCCAAGCAAGAACAUCUAUACCUCGCACACGUAGCACUUUGAUGUCACUGAAGAGCGUGGGUGUCUUUGAAGAAGAGACGGACAUGCCAGUGGCAUGGACGUUUCUUGGAUUGGAUGGGUCUCUGGUUACGCUACAUACAGGAGAGGCCUAUAGAGGCAAAGGAAUAGCAAAGGCUGUCGCGACAAGGCUUUUCAAAGAGCACGCACGAGGGCUAGCAGUCGACGUCAACGGCGAUUCUUGGUCACAUGCAGAUGUUUACACGGGGAAUAUACAAAGCGAGAGUGUCUGCAGAAGCUUAGGGGGUAAGGCGCUCUGGAAGUGCUUUUGGUUGCGCAUAGAUCUUGAAAGAGCAGGAAACCUUGUUAGCAUCGCAUGA